GAGCGGCAGAGUCGCCGCUCCCCGUUUCCCCUCUCAGUCUCUCACGCGGAAACGGCAACAGCAGCAGCAUCCGCCCCGCGCCCCUCUCCGCCUUCUUCAUGCUCUCCCAUGCGCGCGGCCCGCUGUGAGGCCACGGCGAGCAGCAGCAGCAGCAGGAGGAGGAGGCAGGAGCAGCAGGAGGAGGAGGCAGGAGCAGCAGGAGGAGGUGGUGGUGGUGGCACCACGACGAGGAGAUCGGAUGAUCGGGGAGAGCCCCUGAGCCGGGAGUCGUGAUGACGGACCACGAGACCUGGGCCCCCGGGACCCACUGUGUGGCUCGUUACAACUACCACGGCACGGCUAACGACGACCUCUCCUUCAACAAGGGCGAUGUGCUCACCAUCGUCUCCGACAACAAGGACAGGAACUGGUACCAGGCUCGCAACAAAGAUGGCCGCGAGGGCUUCAUUCCUGCCAAUUACGUGCAGAAACGCGAGGCCGUCAAGACCGACGGCAAGCUCAGCAUGAUGCCGUGGUUCCACGGGAAGAUCCCGAGGGAGCAGGCGGAACGGCUGCUGUGCCCUCCGGAGGACGGGAUGUUCCUGGUGCGUGAGAGCACCAACUACCCGGGCGACUACACGCUGUGCGUGUGCGCCGGCGGCAAGGUGGAGCACUACCGCAUCAUCUACCGCGAGAGCCGGCUCACCAUCGACGAGGAGAGCUACUUCGACAACCUUAUCCAGCUCGUCGAGCAUUACACGCAGGAGGAGGACGGGUUGUGUACGCGGCUCAUCAAGCCCAAGCCCAUCGAGGGCGCCAUCGCCGCUCAGGAGGUUUUCUCCAAGGGCGGCUGGGUGAUUGACGUGCAUGAGCUGAACUUGGGCAACUCCGUGGGGAAGGGCGAGUUUGGAGACGUACACGAGGGCUGCUACCGUGGCAACCGCGUGGCCGUCAAGAUCAUCAAGAGCGAUGCCACGGCGCAGGCAUUCCUCGCAGAGGCAGCCGUCAUGACUGAGAUCCGGCACAAGAACCUGGUGCAGCUGCUGGGCGUGGUGAUGGGUGACUACCUCUACAUCGUCACCGAGUUCAUGGGCAAGGGCAGCCUCGUGGACUACCUGAGAUCGCGGGGUCGCUCGGUCAUCACGCAGAGAGACCUCAUCCAGUUCUCCCUCGACGUGUGCGAGGGCAUGGAGUACCUGGAGUCGCGGCGCUUCGUGCACCGCGACCUGGCGGCACGGAACGUGCUCGUGUCGGACGACAGCAUCGCCAAAGUGAGCGACUUCGGCCUGGCCAAGGAGCAGGCGACCGCCACCGUCGACAGCAGCAAGCUGCCCGUCAAGUGGACCGCCCCGGAGGCGCUGCGGCACAACGCCUUCACAUCACAGUCGGACGUGUGGAGCUACGGCGUCCUGCUGUGGGAGGUCUACUCGUUCGGACGCGUGCCCUACCCCCGUGUGCCCCUGAAGGACGUGGUGUCCCACGUGGAGAAGGGCUAUCGGAUGGACGCCCCCGAGCAGUGCCCGUCCAUCGUCUAUCAGCUGAUGCGCGACUGCUGGAGCCUGGACCCACAGAAGAGGCCCAAGUUCCAGGACCUGCGGCGGAGGAUAGAGGCGGAGAAGGGUCGCAUCGCCAGCGAGUGACACGUGCACCGACACACACACACACACAUGCCUGUACACACACACGAACCUACAUACACACGGACCUACACACACGUGCCUAUACACACACACCUACACACACAUGGACCGACACAAACACGCACCUACACAAACACGCACCUACA